AUGCCUUCUGUAUUGGCUGCUGAAGAUGCCAAAGAACAAGCAGAGAGAGAAGGCCGGGAAUUUACCGAGAGUGAUUGGGAUAGGAUAAAACAAACAUGGAUUCAAGGUGCAUUGGAGGAGGCUAUUAAAAUAGUUGCUGAAGUGAAGAAGAUGAGCAAGACAUCAUAUUUCGAACCUCCACAACAUUUCUAUCAAUCCAUUGCUGCUAGCUGUAUUGAUCAAGAAGAACAUCAAUCUAACGAUUGCAACCUACCACCGCUAGCAGCACCUCAUCAAAUAACAUUGUCAUGGUUACUCUAUCUUUGCAUUAAAUGUAAAGACGACUUGAAUUAUUCUAAAUUUUUAAAUGAUAUACAGUAUCAAGAUAUAUAUAUGUUAUUAAAAGAUAUUGUUGAUGAAAGUACAGAAGAGAAUGAACAAUCAAUUAAAUGUCAAUACGUAUUGAUACUUUUGGAGAAAAGUGAGAUUAUCCAAUUCUCAUCUUAUCGUCGUACAACAACAUCAUUAUUGUAUGGUUACUUGUUCAAUGAUGACUCACCACAAACACAACAACGAAUCAUCGAUCUAUCAAAUAGAAUAGCUGAUAAUAGAGCUGAACAAUCAAAAGAAGAAGGUGGUCAAUUAUUAGUCUUGUAUUAUUUCUUUGAAACUAUUUUAGAGAUUAUUGAAUGUCAACCACAACAACAAGUAAACUUUACAUUUAAAAGUGAAAUUAUUGUAAAUGCAUUAAUCAAUAGAUUCGCGUCAUAUCUUGAAAAUCAACCUAUCCACCAAGACAAUAUGAUUUAUAAAAUAUCAUUCUCUGCAAUUAGAUUAAUUGAUCCUAUUCAUUUUAGAAAUUUAUCAUCAAGAAUAUUUAAUAUAUUAUUAAAAAGAUUAUUAAAAUCUAAAGAAAAUGAUCAAAUACCAAAAAUAUUUAUGGAUGCUUGUAGAUUGGUUGGAAUUAAAUAUUAUAAACAAUAUUAUCUAGCAUUUAUGAAUUAUUUUAAAUCAAUGGGAGGAGGAGGAGGAGGAGUAGAGGAACAAGGAAAUUUGGCAAAAAUUAUUUUAAAUGGUCCUUGUCACUCUGAUUUAUCAAUUUACUAUCCUUGGCUUUUAAAACCAAUUUUAAUAUUGGUUAGAGAUAAUGAUUCUUAUCGACACUAUUUCUUUGAUUAUUUGGUUCGAACAAACAAGUUUUGUUUAAAAGAUAUGCACCCAUAUCUCAACCACUUGGUUACACCACUUUGUCAAGUAGAUAUACGUGUAGCACCUUACUCUAGUCUCAUGACCCGACUAUUAAAAGUUACAGUGUCUCGCCCAGAGGGUUUGACACGACUUCAAAUUCAAGAAUUAUUUAUGCGGUUUGCCAAAUCCAUUUUCCUAUCGAAUGAUUUGUAUCAUCAAAAGAAACUCGAAUUGAAAGAGAUGAUUAGUGUCUUGAAAUUAUCGACUAUUGAUAGAGAUGACUGCUGUUUAUCAGCCAAUCAAGCAAUCGACUUGAUGCAACUGUGGACCAUUCGUUUUGACCAACUUAUUCAAACCAAAUGGUUGUCGUUGGCUGAAAAACUGUCGAGGUUGCCCGCCGCCAACAAUGUAUUUCUAGAAGGUGUAACGGCGAUGUUUCCCAAUCAAGACAAGAAACUAUCAGAGAGUCAUUUGUUAUUGGUUGACAUUGUUUCAACCAACAAACAAGUACUACUCCCGUUGGCACUGGACUAUACAUUUACAUCUACCAUGAAACAUGCACAAGACAUUUUGGAAAUGCGAUCUUCAACAGUCACUUCUUACACUUUUGAAACGAUCCUUUUAAAAUUGAAAUUCAUCAUUGACAAUACUAAUAAUAAUAAUAACUAUUCAAUGCUGAAUUAUCAAAAUAAUUAUAAUCAAAAUAAUAACUCAAUAGAUUCAUAUCAUAAUCCUAUUCAAAUACCUGUUACUUUUAAGAAUGACCUUGAAAACAAUUGCCCUAUUUUCUUUGAUAUUAAAAAUUAA